AAUACCUCCAAUUGACAUGUGGGCGCCCGUCCGUCUCCAGUGCCGACUGCAGCUCCGCUCUUUCCGCAUCACGCAGUCGUCUGCAGCGGCCUGACCUCCGUGAACCGACUGCUUCCUCCUUUUCAGUUUUCAUGGCGAUGAGGAGACGGGGGACGGUUGCAUACACACUCACAUUGUCCCGUCACAGCCGAGAGACGUUUCCCAGAGUAAAUAACGCGCAGCACGGACUUGCUCUGGCUUGCAGCGGUCCGAACCAUAUGUAAGACCCGAUUUGCUGUGACGGCAUGGACAGCCAGGCUUGAUUGGCAAAAGACUGACAGACGCAGAGGAACGGACAGAUUGACCGACAGCAUCGUCUUCCUGAUUUCUGCUGCUGUUGCCCCCUCCCAUCCUGAGUGAGGCGCUGUGUAGAGGUCUGUACGGCACUGCCCUAGCCGUUGAUGGCUCUGAUGGACAAGCACAAAGUCAAGCGGCAGAGAUUGGACCGCAUCUGUGAAGGCAUCCGCCCCCCCAUCCUGAACGGGCCCAUGCACCCCCGGCCCCUGGUGGCCCUGCUGGACGGGCGCGACUGCACCGUGGAGAUGCCCAUCCUCAAGGACGUGGCCACCGUGGCCUUCUGCGACGCGCAGUCCACCCAGGAGAUCCACGAGAAGGUGCUGAACGAGGCGGUGGGCGCGCUCCUGUACCACACCAUCACGCUCUCGCGGGACGACCUGGACAAGUUCAAAGGCCUCCGCAUCAUUGUCCGGAUCGGCAGCGGCUUCGACAACGUGGACAUCAAGGCCGCGGCAGAGCUGGGUAUCGCGGUGUGUAACGUCCCGGCCUCGUCGGUAGAGGAGACCGCGGACACGGCUCUGUGUCUGGUGCUGAACCUGUACCGGCGGGUCACCUGGAUGCACCAGGCCCUGCGCGAGGGCACCCGCGCCUCCAGCGUGGAGCAGAUCCGCGAGGUCGCCGGGGGGGCCGCCCGAAUCCGCGGGGAGACGCUGGGGCUCAUCGGCCUCGGGAGAGUGGGUCAGGCGGUUGCCCUGCGGGCGAAAGCGUUCGGGUUCAGCGUGAUCUUCUACGACCCAUACCUGCCUGACGGAGUGGAGAGGUCCCUGGGCCUGCAAAGGAUGGCCACCCUGCAGGACCUGCUGAUCCACUCCGACUGCGUGUCCCUGCACUGCAGUCUGAACGAACACAACCACCAUCUCAUCAACGACUUCACCAUCAAACAGAUGCGUCAGGGUGCGUUCCUGGUGAACACCUCCAGGGGGGGGCUGGUGGAUGAGAAGGCCCUGGCCCAGGCCCUGAAGGAGGGUCGGAUAAGGGGAGCCGCCCUGGACGUGCACGAGACGGAGCCCUUCAGCUUCUCGCAGGGGCCGCUGAAGGAUGCUCCAAAUCUGAUCUGCACCCCCCACACGUCCUGGUACAGCGAGCAGGCCAGCAUCGAGGCCCGGGAGGAGGCCGCCCGGGAGGUGCGCCGAGCCAUCACAGGCCGGAUCCCGGACAGUCUGAAGAACUGCGUGAAUAAGGAGUAUCUGAUGAGCGCCUCUCAGUGGCCCAGUGUGGAACCCUCCGCCCUGCACACAGAGCUCAACGGGGGGGCCUACAGGUUCCCGGCGGGGCUGAUCGGGGUGACAGCGGGAGCCUUGGCGGGGGCCGGGGCGGGUGUGGAGGGCAUCGUUUCGGCCUCCCUGCCCCUGGCCCACGGGAUCGCCCCCGUGUCCCACCCCCCCCACACCCCCUCCCCCGGCCAGCCCUCCAAGGCCGAGGCAGACAGAGACAUCCCCGCCGACCAAUAGCGGCCCAGCACAUUCCGUCACCCCCGGAAACGCCCUCCACCUUUCAGAAGAGCAGAUACUGGCACUGGCGCCCCCCCACCCCCCUCAAACUGGUCCGACCUCCACCCCCCCCCCCCCACCAAGCAACCCCCCCAGAACACAGAGCAACCUGAGAGUGACACAUCUGUGAUAUCUCUCUCCAUCUCUCCCCUUCCUUUCUCUCUGUGUCCUUCUCUUUCUCUCCCCUUCCUCUCUCUCUCUCUCUGUGUCCCCCUCUCUUUCUCUCCCCCUCCCUCGGCAGUGAGCAAUAACUCUUCAGGAUUCGGCUGUACAUUUUUUAACCUCUUGCCGUUUUUGCUGAAUUUUGCUGAAUUAUCCCCCGGUCCAGACAAUGUUUUUGACGCUCAUAUUUCAGGAGAAUCUCCAGGCUCGGAGCUUUUAACAGUGCAGUGGGACAGACCCAAAAUGGUGGCCUACAUCCGUCAGGCUGUGGUAGACCUGUCUUCUAUUUCAAAAACGAACACGGAGGAUAUUACACAAACAUUUUUUAAUCUCUUUGAUUUUUCUUUUCUUACCGAUUAGCAGCGCAGGCAGUCAGUGAGCCAUCCCCCCCCCCCCCCCCCCCCUCCCCUUUCUGGCAGCCAAUCAGGAUUGGCUUCAGCUCUGUAGUGUGACUGCUCCUCCUGCUCUGCCUUACUCCUCCCUCCAUCACAACGACCAGGAGACGUCAUGUGUUUACUACACACGCACGCACACACACACACGAGUACACAUGCAAACACACAUUCUCACAUGUCUGUGUGUGAUGUGCUGGUAGUGGUGUUUUUGGUUUGUUCCAUGUUUUGCCCGUCUGGCCUGGUGUGGUUCAUAUGUGGGCUCUGUGGCUGUGGAGGGUUUUGCUUUUUAUUCAAGAAGCAGCCCGACUGAAACACGCCCUCACACACAUACUCGUGCUCACACACAUACUCACACACGCAUACUCACACACGCAUACUCACACACGCAUACUCACAGACACAUACUCACACACGCAUACUCACACACGCAUACUCACACACACACACGCAUACUCGUGCUCACAAACAUACUCACGCACGCUCACACAUACAUACUCACGCGCACAGGCAUAUUCACGCUCGCACGCGCACACACACACACACACACACACACACACACACACACACCCACCCACACACACACACACACACACACACACACACACACACGACUCUUAACUGUGAACGCUGUUCUGUCUCCAGGGCACUCUGCAGUACCUCAGUAACAGAUAUUGAAUGUACUCUUAGAUCGUUUAGUCUUUGUACAGUUUUUUAGAGUUCUUUACUAAACCAGAAAAAAAAUCCAAAACAGAACAGAGUGCAGGCUUAAAAAAAAA